GAAAUAAUAAGGAUUAUAGAAGAAUGGAGGAAAAAUCAACCUCAUAUAAUGUCGGAGCGGUGAGCUGGUUCAUGAGAGUGUCCAGACUGACUGUGGCCGUGGCCAUUAUUAAAUCCAGACCAUCAGAAGGUGUCAGACACUUCACUGAAUCUCUCUCGAAAACACUCAAACAGCAGGACGAGGGCUGGAAAUCUAAAGCUCGUGGUCUUCAGGAAGAUCUGCUGCGUCUCAGACAGGAGCUGAUUCUUACACGCUCGCUGCUGAAGGCUGAGAGACGCGCCGGACCACCAGACGGUCAACAAGUUGUGGAACGUCUCCAUCAGGACGACACGCAACACUUAAAGAGCGUUGAUAUCACCUCACACAGCGGCGAGGCUCCGCGUUUACCGCUCACUCCUCCAAACAGUCAGAAUGUCAUUCUUCAGGGCAGGUCGUGGCCGCAGGACUGCGGUCUGGUGAAGCACAUGCGGUUCCUGCAGUAUCUGAGCGGUCUGCGUAGGGAUUAUGGGCCGUCGCUGUGCGUGGAUGACGAUGAUGAGGUCGUCUGGAACUCGGUGGUACAAUUACUUGAUUGUGUACUGGAGGUUUUCAGACAGGCACAUGUCGGACAGCCUGUUCAUCACCCAGAGCUGCUCCGUCACGCCACACAGGUGAUGGCACAGACCCUCGGUGGAGGAAAAACAGAUCGAUGGCCUUCACUUGAGCGUUUCAGUCGAGUGGAAGAUCUGUUGAAAGAGAUGAUCUGUCUACUGCUAACCAGCCAUCAAGUCAAUGAGUUCUCAGUGAAGGCUCUGAUGUCCGAGUGUCUGAUGACUCUGGGAGAAAGUCGUGGCGUGAGAGCCGCUCUCGUCAAGAUCUUGAUGUCACACAUCGUUCAGCUGGCACAACACCUGUGGGACAUCUGUCAGAGUUCUUCAGAUCAUCAGAUGGAUUGGAUCCGCUAUGAGAAUUCCUUCUAUGUCUUCUGGCUGUUGGAGCAGCUGUCUGCGGACGCUGGUGUGGAGCAGGAGCUCAUAUCCCAGCUGGAAGCUGGAGCGUUCUCUCUCUCAGAUGAGUUUCCUCUCUUCUCUCUCUACAUGUGGAGGAUCGGCGGUCUCUACAGAACCACAGGCAUGAGACCCGAUGAGACGGAAUGUUCCUGAGAGCUGUCGUACAGGAAGAGCCUGAAUACACACACACACAAGCUUAA